GGAGUCCUUCCGGGUGGGAGCGAGGUGACCCCGUGGGCCGCGGGAAGCUGCGGCAACUGCAGCUAUGGGGGCACACCUGGCCCGGCGCUACGUGGGCGAUGGCUCUGGGGAGCCCGACCCCCUGCGGAUGCCCACGUUCCCCCCCGAUUACGGAUUUCCGGACCGCAAGGAGCGCGAGAUGGUGGCCACGCAGCAGCAGAUGAAUGACGCGCAGCUGGUGCUGCAGCAGCGGGACUACUGUGCGCACUACCUCAUCCGGCUGCUCAAGUGCAAGCGCGACAGUUUCCCCAACUUCCUGGGCUGCAAGCACGAGCAGCAUGACUGGGACUACUGCGAACACCUCGACUACGUGAAGCGCAUGAAGGAGUUUGAGCGAGAGCGGCGGCUGCUGCAGCGCAAGAAGCGGCGAGAUCGGCGGGAGGCCGAGUUGGCCUAGAGCAAGGGCCAUGGCGAGGUGGCCCCGAGAUGGCCCUGUAGUGGCCUCAUGUGGACCAGUCAGAAAUAAACGCCUGCGGGCCCUGGCCGA